AACCAAAGUGGUUGCCAGAUGAUGAUUUGGGGGAUAAUAUUUGCGCAAGGGCUUUGAGUAGUUUCCGUGGCUGACAAUGCCAUGGCAGCGAAUGAGAAACAAACCCCACCCAAAUGUGUCUUCGUGAUGGCAACAUAUGGUCGAACAAGUUGGCUUCCAGUUCUUCGGCUGUGCUUGGUUUCUGGUGCAUUCUUCUGGGUCUGCGUUCUUUGAAUUGUUUUCGCAACAUUCUCAGCUGGCAUGAGGUUCCAAUGAGUACUGGUUAUUAGGGUAUAAGGGAGCAUUUUUAUUUCCAAUGAAGCAUAGAUCCAAGAUUAUUGCAUUGCUCGGAGCUCUGCCUUUUGGAUUGCCCUCUUGCAGGCAUCUGUUGUUUGAUUUUGUGCCUUCCUAUAUUUGGGGUGGCGAGCCUCGUCUAUAUUAGCGGUUACAUGGCACGCGUGUUAGUUUAAUCUUGGUAUUUUGAACAUUUCGGUUUGUCGAACUGCCUCUUUUUGGCAUCUGAUCGCGCAUAGAAGCUGAUUUAAGUUACCAGCCUGCCAUGUAUACUUUGCUACUUGGUUCCUCUGAACAGACUUUAUGCUUGAGAGGAUCAAAACUUAGAUAUAGACCGAGGUACAGAAGCUUAAUACGAAAAAAACGUGGAUAAAACCAAACGGAGGUUGAAGACGAGCGACAUGGUGAUUUACCCUUGUUGAUUAUACAGAAAUACUUUGGCAUGUAAUGAUUGAUAGUUAAAUGCUUAUCUAGCCUUUUGAUAGAACGUUCCUUGAUACUCUCUACAACUGCCAAAUAUUAUUGUCCUGUCAUUGACCUGCUAUUGGUUACUGAUCGUAGUAGGGUUUAUGCAAUUUCCUGCUUGCUCUCGAGAAGCAUUGUUGUUAAAGCUGGUGAGUUCCCUCUGACCUCUGUUCUUUCUUUCUUUCUUGCCUGCUGUUUUCUUUUUACUUUUCCCCCCAAGUUGUGUUGUUCAGAUUUCUAUUGAGUGAGAAUGCGGGAAGUGUACCCUAUAGGGUGGUGCUACGUUUUGCAUGUGUGUCUAAAGAUGCUAAAGCACCGGGACAUCUUGGUGGUGUUUCUGGAUACUUGCAAACUUUGCAAUGCAUUGUGGUUUGUGCUAGCAGGACAUUGUUGAGGCAAAAUAAUUUUCUACAGCAAAAAGGGGGUUGAUGUUGCUUCAUAUUGAUGACUGUUCAUGAUGUGGAAAGGUAAGUUAUUUUUGCUGCGAAAAGGAUCUGAGUUGCAUUGCAGGGGACGAAUUUCAGUGAGUUUACUUAACCUGCCCUUGGUGGUGCCAUGGUGACGUUGAAUAUGCUUCUCGACUAUUUAAUUCACUUCCCCACCAGUUUGACAUUGUAGACAAUGUUCCUAUCAACUUGGCACAACUAAUGAUCUCACCAGUUCACUGCACAAGCAAAGCAUUCACAAAAAGAAGGAAAGAAAAGGCACUACAAAAGGAGAUGAAGUUCCCACUGGCCGAGAUUCUUGUCUCUCUUUACAUGUGCUUCUGGUUUUGCUUCGGUCUGUGUAAAAGAUACAGCACAUAGAAAGAAAGAGACAGAGGCAGGGACUAGUGGUGAGAUCCUUAAUUUUCCAGUGAUGAGAUCUUCUUCUAUGCCAGACCCUCCUCUUACAACUGGAGAGUACGAGGUUUUUCUGAGCUUCAGAGGGCCAGAUGUGCGCCAAACCUUUGCUGAUUGUCUUUACCACUUUCUUAUUCACUCCAAGAUUCGAACUUUUAGAGACGAGGAAGAACUGCGCAAAGGGGAGGAGAUAGCGCCUUCACUUGUCCAAGCUAUCUCUGAGUCCAAAAUCCUUAUCCCAAUCUUUUCGCAAAACUAUGCUUCUAGCAAAUGGUGCCUUCAAGAGCUGGCGAAGAUGGUGGAGUGCUGGAAGAAGCAGGGAAAGGGCGGUGGCCGAACCACCAUCCUCCCCAUUUUCUACUUGGUCGAUCCCAGAGAUGUGCGCCAUCAAGAAGGUGCUUACGAGGAAGCAUUCCGACGCCACAGUCUGAAACAAGACCAACAAACUAUAAAGCAAUGGAAGGAAGCCCUCCUUGAAGUUGGCAAAAUGAAAGGAUGGCACGUGGCAGGAUCAGAUGGACAUGGAGCUAUACUAGAGCAGAUCUUUGUUAAAGUUGAUUCACUUCUGAGAACUAAUUACACAUUGUUGACGGAUGAAUUGGUUGGAAUCGAUGUUCAUGUAAACAAAGUGGUUCAGCUGUUGAAUCUGGAUGCUGCAAGUGAAAUGAUUGUGGGUAUCCAUGGUAUGGGUGGCAUUGGCAAGACCACCAUAGCAAAGACAGUCUUCAAUAAGGUUUGCACUCAUUUCGAUCGCUGUUGUUUUAUCGAAGAUGUUCGAGAAACGUUAUUAAAGGCCGACGGUGUUGUAGUCUUACAAAAUAAGAUCAUUUCUGGUGUUUUGAGGUAUGAUCAUUGCAAUGUAAACAAUGCUAGCGAAGGAAUCCACAUGAUGGUAGAUAGAAUUUGCAAACACAGAGUUCUCAUUGUUCUAGAUGAUGUCGAUGCCAAGUUUGAGUUCGACAAAAUCUUCGGAAAGUUGGGAAAUUUCUCCUCAAAAAGUAGAUUUAUUAUUACAACAAGGGACAAAAGAGCUCUAGAGCUACUUCAAACAGAUAAGUUGCACGAACCAGGAGGUAUGAGUCAUGAUCACUCUCUUCAACUUCUUAGUAAACAUGCUUUUAAGAUGGAUAAUCCUCCAAAUGAAUAUACAGCUUUAGCUGAGAAGUUUUUAAAGGUCGCAGCAGGGUUACCUUUGGCACUCAAGGUUGUAGGAUCAUUGUUGUUUCGGACUGACACAAAUUUCUGGAGAGCAAAGUUGAAGGAGCUAAAAGAAGUACCCACAGUAGAGGUGCAACAGAUUUUGAGGAUUAGUUACAACGAGCUAACUCCCAAUGAAAAACAGAUAUUUCUCGAUAUCGCAUGUGUUUUCAUAGGCGACUACAAAGAAGUGCCUUUUUAUAUGUGGAGUAGUUGUGAUUUUAAUCCAGAAAUCGGGAUGAGAACUCUGGUUAAUAGGUCUUUGGUUAGAAUCGAUGAAGAGGGCCAAUUUGGGAUGCAUGAUCAUCUUAGAGAUCUUGGCAGAGCUAUUGUUAACGAGGAAGAUGUUCAGAAUCCAUGCAAGCGCAGCAGGAUAUGGUCCAAUGAGAAUGCAUUGGACAUGCUAGCAAAUAGAGAGGGAGGUGAUCAGGUGGAAGUCCUCAGAGUUGACAUGAGAAAGAAUGAAGCUCGUCAUGAGUUCACAGAGAAGGAAUUCAAAAAUCUGUCUAGGUUAAGGUAUCUUGAAGUGAAUUAUGGCAGACUCUCUGGGGAUUUCAAAGAAGUUCUUCCCAGUCUAUGUUGCCUCCGACUACAUAGCUGUGAUUCAAUUCCCACUGAUCUUCACUUGAAGAAGUUGGUCAUUCUUGAUUUGAGCUUUUGUCCUAUUAAAGAAGGCUGGAGAGGCUGGCAGGGAAUCCAGAAGGCAAAGAAGCUGAAAGUUGUGAUUCUACUGGAGUGCCACGAUAUAAGGAGAGUUCCGGAUUUGUCCCCUUGUACAAGCCUGGAGUUGAUAAAGCUUCUAAGCUGUUAUAAGAUGAAGGGGGACUUGCACAUUGCUGGUUUCAAGAACCUAAGAGUUCUGAGUCUCAGAUCUACUCAAAUAGCAAAGAUAAUAACAGGUGACAUGGAAAUGCUUGAAAAUCUGCUGGAGUUUAGCGCGGAGGAUGCUGGUUUGACAGAAUGGCCUGCCAGUCUUUCCAGAUUACCCUGUCUGGAAAUCCUGAAAAUGACAUCAUCAUCAUGCACAAAAAAGUUGAGCCUAAAGCAACUAUCCUUGUCCUCCCCGAGGGAAGCACCCCUACUCCCCACAAGUCUAAAGCAACUAUCCUUGUCCUCCCCAAGUGUUCCCAAUCUUAUGCAGCUUGUGGAGUUGGAGGAGCUUAAGUUUGAGUGGUGUGGUGAGGCAGGCCCUGAAAUCCCUGCAGAGAUAUGGCGCCUCUCCAAAUUGAGGACUCUGGAGAUCUCGUCAGCCUCCCCUGUCUUCGUAACGAUGGAGGGCUCCCUCCCAUCAUCCCUGACCAGCCUCCAGAUUCAUUUUUGUGUUGCUUUGGAGAAGCUCCCAGGCCUUGCGAACCUCACUAACUUGACAGAACUAAGACUUGUAAAGGUCGGGGUAUCUGAGAUUUGUGGGCUAGGCGAGCUCGCAGUGUUGACGACUCUGGAGGUACGUAAUGCCCCGAGGCUAAGUAGCCUCGACGGCCUUGAAAAUCUCGUGCUUCUCAUGAAACUGACGGUGAGCAACUGUGGGGUCCUGCCAAAACUUCCCGACCUAGUGAAACUGAUAAAGUUGCAGGCUUUAGAGAUUCAGGAGUGUCAGCUUCUAUCGGAAAUGCAAGGGAUGAUGGCAAUGAAGGAAUCGUUAUCCCAUCUCGACAUAGGUCGGUGUCCCAGCUUAGACUGUAUCGAAGGCUUUGAGUCCCUGGCAUCUUCGCUAGAGACACUGUCAUGGUGGGAGCUGAAGAUGCAACCACCUGAUGCUAUCUCAAAGUUCAGGCACCUGAGGCGUUUAGCCUUUGUCCAAGUUGGUAAUCUGGUCACAACUCCUGAUCUCUCUGGCCUCCUGAACCUCAAACGCUUGGAGAUCCUGACGUGCAGACAGUUGAUCCAGAUUGUGGGGCUCGAUGGGCUGGAAUCGCUAGAGGUGCUUUUCAUAGAAACUUGCAGCUCGAUCAGGGAGUUGCCUAGCCUAUCUAGGCUCAAGAAUUUGCAGCGGUUACAGCUAACACUCUGCACGAAGUUGACCCACAUCACCGGGUUUGAGGGGUUGCAAUCUUUGCAAGAGCUAUUUGUAUAUCAUUGCUGGUCCAUUGCGGAGUUGCCUGAUCUGUCCAGCCUUCAUGAUCUGUGGGGGCUGUACAUUUUUAGGUGCAACAAGUUGACAGAGGUCAAGGGGCUCCGGGGAUUGGAGUCCUUGGGGAACCUAUCCAUUACAGAUUGCCGGUCGAUGAAGGACUUGGAAGAUCUAUCUAAGCUCAGUAAUCUGAGGGAAUUGAGGAUUACAGGAUGCAGAAUGUUGACCGAGGUCAAGGGAGUUGAGCGAUUGAUGUUGCUGCGAGUGCUGAAACUGGACCUCCGGUUUAGAGUCAGAUCGUUACUGAAAUCGGUUGCCAGAUACGUGACUCGACUCAUUACUCGCUUCCUGGGGCUCUUACUAAUUUUAGUUCUCUUGCUUUUCAUUUUCAACAGCCAGUGAAUGUGAGCGGUUGAAGUUAAAACCAAUGUCCGCUUAAGUGAUGAAUACUUAUCAAUUUGACAGAAUUCCAAUGAAUGUGACCAUUUCACUCUCGACUUCAUUUAUUAUAACACUUAAGAUUUUAUUGACAUUAAUGAAAUUGGAGC